GGGGCGGGGCCGGGCGCACGGUUGGGGGUAGGUGCGGUAGUGCGGCGUCUGAUGCGUGCAGAAGGACAACACUCCGCGGCAGGACGGACACGCAGAGGAGACACCGACAUGCACACAAAAUGCUGCGUCCACGAGCUGUGAGCAGCCGCUGGGUGUGAAGAAACUGAGCAGACGCCGAGGGGGGGGAGUAGCACCUCUGAAGCGCGCGCGCCGGCAGCGUUCUUGCCGCAGAUUCCAGCAGACAAGAGAUCCCGCUGAUGCGCUUUCGCGGUGCAUGAAUCCCUCCGUUUUGGUUUGAACGUUCAGUAGACAGCCGAGCGGCGCCGACGACUCUGCGGAGCCCGUGAGCGCAACCUUCUUCGCCUCUCUCCGCACACCUACACUGUCCCCCCCCCCCCUCCUCGUCCACACUCCUCCGCGGCACCUGCUUCAGGAUGGCCUUAACGAUCUGCACGCGAUUCACCGACGAAUACCAGCUGUUCGAGGAGCUGGGGAAGGGAGCAUUCUCUGUGGUCAGGAGGUGUGUGAAGAUCUCCUCCGGACAGGAGUAUGCCGCUAAAAUCAUCAACACCAAGAAGCUUUCUGCUAGACAUCAAAAGCUGGAGCGAGAGGCGCGGAUUUGUCGUUUACUAAAGCACCCCAAUAUCGUAAGACUCCAUGACAGUAUAUCAGAAGAGGGUUUCCACUAUCUGGUGUUUGAUCUGGUGACAGGCGGAGAGCUGUUCGAGGACAUUGUAGCCAGGGAGUACUACAGUGAAGCUGAUGCCAGCCACUGCAUACAGCAGAUCCUGGAGAGUGUCCAUCACUGCCAUGUUAACGGGAUUGUUCACAGGGAUUUGAAGCCUGAGAACCUUCUGUUGGCCAGUAAGCUGAAGGGGGCGGCGGUCAAGUUGGCUGACUUUGGGCUGGCUAUCGAGGUACAGGGGGACCAACAGGCAUGGUUUGGUUUUGCCGGCACCCCUGGGUACCUAUCCCCAGAGGUCUUGAGGAAAGACCCUUAUGGGAAACCAGUUGAUAUGUGGGCCUGUGGUGUCAUUUUGUACAUCCUGCUGGUGGGCUACCCUCCGUUUUGGGAUGAAGAUCAGCAUCGCCUCUACCAACAAAUUAAGGCAGGGGCCUAUGAUUUUCCUUCCCCGGAGUGGGACACCGUGACUCCUGAGGCCAAAGAUCUCAUUAACAAGAUGUUAACGAUCAACCCCAGUAAGCGCAUCACUGCUGCAGAGGCCCUCAAACACCCCUGGAUCUGUCAACGGUCCACUGUAGCCUCAAUGAUGCACAGGCAGGAGACUGUGGAGUGCCUGAAGAAAUUUAACGCCAGGAGAAAACUCAAGGGAGCAAUAUUGACCACUUUGCUGGUCACAAGAAACUUCUCAGCAGCCAAAAGUUUGCUCAACAAGAAAACAGACGGUGUCAAGGUCAACAACAAAGCCAACACAGUGACCAGUCCUAAAGACACUGGCCCUGCCUCUGCACUGGAGCCACAGACAACUGUAAUCCACAACCCUGUGGAUGGAAAUAAGGAGUCCAUUGAAAGUGCCAACACCACCAUUGAGGAUGAUGACGUGAAAGCCCUCCGUCUGGGCAGCUUAGUGAGCGGUGUCUUGAGUUCAAAGAGUCGCUCCUCACAGAUGUCUGACUCGGGACAGACCCCCACCUCCUCAAUUCAGACCUGCACCAAUAACAAUAAAGCUCGCAAACAAGAAAUUAUUAAAGUUACUGAACAGCUGAUUGAGUCUAUAAACAAUGGAGACUUUGAGGCCUACGCGAAGAUUUGUGAUCCUGGUUUGACUUCCUUUGAGCCCGAGGCCCUGGGUAAUCUGGUGGAAGGACAUGACUUCCAUCGCUUCUACUUUGAGAACGCACUUUCUAAAGGGAAUAAGCCGGUGCACACCAUCCUCUUGAACCCACAUGUGCACCUUAUCGGGGAAAACGCCGCGUGCAUCGCUUACAUUCGGCUGACCCAGUACAUGGACGGCGGUGGAAUGCCCCGCACCAUGCAGUCCGAGGAGACCCGUGUGUGGCAACGCCGCGAUGGAAAGUGGCAGAACAUUCACUUCCAUCGCUCAGGCUCACCCAGCAUCCCCUCUCAUUAAUGGAAUAUCAGCGAGUGAAAACAAUCUAGUGGAGCAGUCAACUAGCCAAUCCUCCUGACAGCUCUUCAGACCUUUGACCCUUCCACAAGGACAUGACGUCGCACAGGAUACAAGCAUUAUAACAUUUUACUGUUAAGGUAUUUUCUGAACAGACAAUAUCCAAACCCACCACCGGGUGGCAGCACACCGUCUUUGAACAUUAUGAAAUAAACAUAUUGAGAAUUUUUUUUUCUUCCCUUUUUUGUUUGUUUUUUAAAGUUUUUUGGUAUGCAUUUUAAAUAUAAAACAGAUGUUUGAAAAGUCCUCUUCUGUAACCUCUCCUGAGAAAUAGUUCUGUAUUUUCCUGUGUAUUUCUGUGUGUGCAACUGGAAAACCAUUUGGGAGAUCAGAAUGUUAAAAAAAAAAAAAAAAAUUGAGCUUGCUUUAGUUCUGGUGUUGUAUAUACAUUGUGAUUGUUGACAAAAAGAGAACAAACACCGAAUCUGCUAUUCUUGCCAUCAGAGGACUUAAGGAUUUGUGUAAAAUCAAGUUUAUGAGCUACAUUUUUGUUUGCGAUGAGCUGUCCAACUGUUUAAAUGGUCCGAUUCCAACCUAUAGUACUAAUUUAAAUGUAAAGAAAAGCAGAGUAACUUACACUUUGCAUUGAGAUAUGUUUGCCUUUAUAUCAGUGAAAUAAGAGAAUGUAGCAUAUAUGUAACAUAUGAAAAUCCAAGAUUUAUUGUGUAGUGCAUGGUGGGGGAGGGGGGUGUUACCAUGAGUAAGAUCAUAUGAAACUAUAAUAUCUGCUGUUUAAUUUGUCAGCCACUGACUUGUUUGCAUUUGUUAUUGUUGUGCAUUAGUCCCGUCCCAAGCUGUUUCAGAUGUCCUCCGGUAUCACGGAAAUGUUGUAAAAUAAUAUUAAUUUAAAAAAAAAAAGAAAAAAGAUUGGAUAUCUAAACCUCAUGUUGAACAGGAGGGAAAUAAAAUGUUGGCUGCCGAAGCACCUCUUACAUUUUGUAUAAAGACGGGAAGGAACGCGAGAUCGUUUUUCGCCCUGUUUGUACUUGUGUCGUGUGCCUGUGUGUGUGUGUGUGUGUCGGCUUUCUGUUGUCAUUCCACUCUUGUCACACCGGUGUGUUGCUUUUGCCAGCUACAGAGAGAGGAUUCAGACGAUGAAGAAAAAGGGCCUAGAGUCCGACUUCGGUCACGUCAAGUGACAACCUGAUUCCACUGGAGGGGAAAACGUUGAGUGAAAUGACAGUUGGACGACCUUAGAAGCUGGGAUGUCUUCCGUGUUGAUCCGUGCUCUGCUAGCCGUCCCCGUGGCAGAACAAUGUUGUCCCCACUGUUUGCUAUGUCCAGCUGGUUUUACCGUCUCUUUUUUCAGAAGGCGAAAAAGAUAAAUGUUUCAUUUGACAAAAAGUAUGAUGUCAGUGCAAUGCACUACUCCUUACAUGGCGUGUACCUGUUGCCAGCAUGGCAGAGGAUGGCUUAACAUGUUUAAGAAAUAAAUAUAUCGGCUAAAAUGUGUGACGAAGAAUGGGUUUUUUAACUCACGUCUGUGUGGCUGGUUGAUUGGCUUAUCUGCUGCAGAGCUGCUGUUGUGUAUCAUCUUAGUACGGAAACUAUGUGCGUUCUUUGAUUUUAGAUCUAUAUACUCUAUGUACGCCAUUGAAUUAUAAAUAUCCAGAUGUUGAGAACAGCUGUGCAUAUCUGUUAUAACUGAGUUUAACUUGAUAUUCUUUAUCUUAAGAUACGGUAACCAAGCAACCGUGCCGGCCGAAAGUUGAUUUACACUCCUCACUGGCAUGGAUGUCAUUGCUUUGGGGCUUUUAAUGUUGCUUUCAAACCAUUCUGAUCUUCCAAAUUAAAAUACUUGAACUCUUCUUUUUAAAAAAGGUGUCAUGGUCUCAACCAACAGCUUAAAUGAUUAUUCAAAACAAGAAUUUUGUUUACAAGAAUCUUAUGGAUUUUUGCCAUCCACAAAGUGUCAAAAUUGUAGAUACAGGCUCACAUACCUACACUCCCAUCAAUAUUUGGUCAAUUGUCCCUGAGCAAGGUGUCUUGCCCACACGUUUUCCAGCCAUUAACGAGCCUUCAGAAUGAUUCUGGCUGGAUAUUUGCUCUUCCAGGUAAUUUAUAUUAGUGGCAUCUCGCUAUUUUCAACCAUUUAAUCCCAAGCUGUCCCCACAGACAAAAGGAAAUUGUUUAGUGGGUUCAGGAACAUCCCAGGAAUCACUGAGGUUCAAGCCCAUCAUAAACUGAAAGACCCUGGAACACCAAUGCCGCUGUUCACAACAAAGUGGAUUUAAUAUCACCAUGGACUUGUGACAGCCAAGAAAGAUUUGCUUGCUUCAAAAUAAACCCAACCAAAUUUGCAGCUGGAGAAAAGUGUUAUGGUCAGACAAGAGACACGUUGAGCUAUUUGGCUAGCAUGCUUGGAGGAUGGUGAAGUCUGUUUUCAAACCAAAGAACUCUUCCCUGUCAAGCAUGGCGGUGGCAGCAUCGUGCUGUCAGUGGUAUUUCUGGAUUUAACAAAGUGGAUGCAAAAAUUGAGAACCGUGUCCAAAUUUAUGUUCUCCUCACAUCAACAAAUUGGUGUUUCAAUUAGAUGUUGAUCUUUCCCAAAGCCCUGACCGCAACUCUACUGAGCUUUAGUGGACUAGGCUUAAAAUGCAGGUUCACACCAUAAAGGCCACCUGUUUAAUUUUACCAAUUGUACUGAAAAAAUUGGCACCACCAGAAUUAUGAUAAAAGCUUGAUGAUAAUUACGAAAACUAUGUGGUAGAGGCCAUUACCCACAUAUUCAUAGAAGUGUAUAUAUUUGAGCCUGUACCUAAAACCUUUUGACUCUUUGUGGAUCAGGGAAUUAGCACGCCCCAUUCUUGUUUUUAAAAUCAGUUAUAGUUGUAUUUUACAGAAUCACCCCCGCCCCCCUCUCAAAAAAGAACUAGUCAAAUUCUUUGAUUUGGAAGAUCCGAAUGUUUAUAAAGUUGACCUUGAUUUCAGAUGAGUGUAUGUAAGCUCCUGAUUGGAACCAUAAUGUAAUCAUUAUCAUAAGAAAACAGACUUUAGUUUGAAAUAUUGUCAUGAUAAUAAAUUUCUUCCAAACUGCCAGUUGGACCCUCUGUAAAAAAA